GGCAAGCCACUGGGGUUCUGCAACCAUAUUUUGUUCAUCAAAUCCCGACUCCUAUGCAGUCGUUGAUUUAAAAGACGUUGCUUUAACCAAUUUUCUCCGCCUAGCGGACUAUUCCCACAACUCCAUUACCCGCCUUUUUUAACUUUUCCCCAUUUUUCUCUUGACUGCCAAGGUGUCUAGUCGCUGACAGUCUUGCUCUGGACGUAAUUCGUGUCUCCAAAGGUUUUUAAGUGCUUUUUUUCUCAUCAUUCUGAGGAUGUCAAACAAAUUUUCCACAUUUCCCUACAAACUUUGGCAACUGAUGAAUGAGUGCACUGAUGGCUCAAUCAGAUGGAAUGAUACCGGGGAAAGCAUCGUUAUAGACAAGACAAAAUUUUGCGACAGCACCUGUGUUGGAAGAAUUUUCAAACCUAUCCAGUGGAGCAGUUUCGUUCGCCAGCUCAAUAUGUACGGAUUUCGCAAAACUGCCAGCAUUCAUCAACACAGCCAAGAACCGUGUGUUUGCGAAUGUCAUAUUACUACUUCUAUUUCCUACACACACGAGCAUUUUCGUCCGUGGAACUAUGGUUCCUUAACUUUAGUCACACGUUCUCGCCAAAAAAGCAAAUCUGGCUAUUUAAAAACCGUCGCAGAGAACGCUAAUGAUAUCAAUGGCAAUGCACCACAAUCCCUACCGCUGUCGAUUCAACAUCUCGAGAACGAAUCAAAGGGACUAAGAAAUUGGAAUGAAGCGACAGUGCCUACUGACAUGCUGAAAAGGUCGGAAUUCAAUCGAGACAUGCCUGAGACUGAUGAGAAAAACAGUGCCUACUCGAUUGACCUAAGUGUUGACAUCGAUCAUAGUGAACUUCGCUUUUAUCGGGUUGAAUCGCCAAUGGAUGUGACAAGUUGCAAAGAAAUGCCAUCUUCAAGCGAGAUAUAUUGCCAAGUUCGGAAUAUUAGUGAGCUACUUCCUAAGAACGAGAUGGACAGUCCAUAUCUAUAUUUCUCUCAAUCCGAUGAUACCGGUAAUCUCACUGACGUGUUACAGCCGAUACCAAAAGUUGAAAUUCCCGCCGAUGAUGGUUUCGAGUCGAUGGAGGUUGAUGUGGAAAUUGAAUUCUUGGAUUGUUACGACAGUAUCAUCAAUGAUACUAAAAACUAGUGACAAUCUAUAUCCGUGUUGUAUUUUACCGUUUAUAGUAACAGUUUUACCUUUCGUUUUCCUUAAAAAAACACAGCUAUUUUAUUGUAGAAGGUAGUAUAUUCUAUUAUACUCUAAAGAACAUUUUUUUAUUUCAAUAAACUUAUAUACUUUA